AUGAGCACAAACUUGGCAAUUAUUCAUGUGAGGAAUGACCCAUCAAAUCACAUUUGGCAGCAGUUAGUUUCAGCCUUUGAAAACAACCAAUGCAUAUCUAUAAUUAUUAGUCGAAGCUCGGAUGAUUCACAAGAUUAUAGAAAAGUGACACUGUUUAACAUUCCCUCCGUUUUUGCUUCAGAUUGCACCAAAUUGGCGGCCAUUAUCAAAAUAAUCAAAAUAUUGAAGACAAACUUGCUUCUCAACAAGACAACAACGAUUAGAGAUAUAUUCUAUCAAGAUGUGGAAAUAUUCAACAAGAACCUGCAAGAAUGCAAGACAUUGCUCAUUGAUUUGGUUGAGAAAGGUUUAGGGUGGUCAUUGGCACAAGAUUUCAAUACCCACCCAACACAAAAGGGUUUGAUGUAUGGCAACAUUUUCAAGCAGUUGGCAGAACCAACUUUGAUCCCCAUUAGCUUUUGUAGCUACUUUAAACAAACUGCAACUGUACCCCCACGAAGUAAAUUGGUGGUAAUUGUGCUUGAAAAGGAUGCUAUUUUACACUCAUUUAGUAAAUUCAUCGAAACCAGGUCGGACAUGUUGAACUGCAAUUUCUUAGUUAUUACUGGUAAGGGGUUUUCGGAUAACUUGACGCAACAAUUUGCCACUUGGUUGACUCAAACUUACCAUACUACUGUGUUGGGUUUUUUUGAUUCUGAUGCACAUGGAAUACUCAUAUAUAAGCAGUAUAAAUGUGCAAUCCCUUACAUAGACUACACGGGAAUGUAUUUGCUUGAAUCACAUUGCAAUUCCCAGCUAACAAUCACCACUCGCGAUAUAUCGAUCAUGACGAACCUAGCCGCUACCGCAACGGUAAGCUUGGGACAAAAAGUUCACAGGGAACUAACACGCGGCCUAUUUUUGAAUAAAAAGGCGGAAAUGAAUGUUGUCUCUGCUGAGGAAUACAACAGUUAUAUACUUGACAAGGUUUGUAAGGUUGUUAGUGCACACGUGACAACGGGCGAGGCUUAA